CCCAUCAAACUCACAACUCUCAAUCCAUCACAAAAUAAGAGCGGGAAAAUUCAAGAAACUAACACAAAAUGCCUUGUGCACCAUCUUUGGCCGUGAUUUCGAAGUCCACAGUGGUUCCUGACCGGAAAUCCACCAUGGAAGAUCUGAAACUCUCCGUCUCCGAUCUGCCUAUGCUUUCUUGCCACUAUAUUCAAAAGGGUUGUCUCUUUACCCGCCAUUCUUGCGUUGACUCUCUUGUUUCUCUUCUUAAAGAUUCACUCUCUCAAACACUUUCUCACUUCCCUCCCCUCGCCGGCCGCCUGAAAACCGACUCCGACGGGUAUGUUUACAUUACCUGUAAUGACGCCGGUGUGGAGUUCAUUCAUGCCACGGCGACACAUAUUUUUGUUCGUGAUGUUUUAUCUCCAGUUCAUGUACCCGAGUGUGUUAAGAGCUUCUUCACUUAUGAUCGGACUGUUAGCUACUCCGGUCAUCAUAAUCCAAUCUUGGCCGUUCAGGUGACUGAGUUAGCUGACGGGGUUUUCAUCGGGUGUUCCGUUAAUCACUCCGUUACUGACGGGACUUCAUUCUGGAAUUUCUUUAAUACUUUUGCUGAGUUAACACGAGGAAUCAAGAAAAUUUUGAAAGUUGAUCAGCCGGAUUUUUCAAGAAACUCUGUGUUGAUAUCGCCGGCGGUUCUGAAGCUUCCUCACGGCGGACCAACGGUUAGUUUUAACGAAAAUGAGCCGUUGAGUGAGAGAAUCUUUAGCUUUAGCAGAGAAGCAAUCUUGAAAAUGAAAGCUAAAGCUAAUAAUAAUACUAAUAAUAUCAAGAAAUGGAGUAAUCUUGAUAAUUCGUUUGAAAUUAUGGGCAAGCAAAGCAAUGAUCCGUACCAUAACGGUAAAAUUAUGAAUGCAAUUCUCGAAACGUUAUUCAAGAACGUUUCGAAACCGCAAGAAACGGAGAUUUCGUCAUUUCAGGCAUUAUGUGCGUUGCUAUGGAGAGCGGUGACAAGAGGAAGGAAGCUGAACCCGGAAAAAACGACGACGUUUAGAAUGGCGGUGAAUUGCCGGGGACGGUUGAACCCGAAUUUGGAUCCGUUUUACUUCGGGAACGCUAUUCAAAGCAUACCGACUCAAGCAUUGGCCGGUGAUGUUCUAUCUCGUGAUCUACGGUGGUGUGCGGAGCAGCUGAAUAAAAAUGUUAAAGCUCACAACGACACCACCGUACGUCGUUUUGUGCAUGAUUGGGAGGAGAAUCCACGGUGUUUCCCGUUGGGGAACUUUGACGGCGCGUCAAUGACGAUGGGUAGCUCACCUAGAUUUCCUAUGUAUGAUAAUGAUUUUGGGUGGGGCCGACCGUUGGCGGUUAGGAGUGGUGGGGCUAAUAAGUUUGACGGCAAAAUCUCCGCCUUUCCCGGAAGAGAAGGCGGCGGAAGCGUUGAUCUUGAGGUGGUUUUGGCGCCUGAAACAAUGGCUAUGAUCGAGUGUGAUUAUGAGUUCAUGCAAUAUGUUUCUAGCUAAAGUGUGUAUUGUGAAGAUUAGAGAUAUGUAAAAAUCGAAUUAAACCGAAUAAUCUUCGAUUCGGUUUGUCUUUAUAUUAUAUAAAAUUGAGUUUUUCCGUUA